CCUGGCUGGCCGACCACCCAAAUUCAUGGACGUGUUCAAUCCAAAAAUUCUUGAUGCUUGCAUUCGGGAUGUUGCAUACUGUCUUUCGGAUAACCAGAAAGCAGAUCUGCUGCUCUAUGCGAUGACGAGUCUCAAAUAUACAAGACACAAAGUCGUCGUCGAAAACGCCAUUCAGGCUUGCCUAUCGAUUCAUGCCCUCUCACCCUCAAUCGUCGCCAAGGCUCGAAUCUUACGUGCCCGUCUACGUUUGGAAGCCGGCUCAUUUAUAGGCGCCCAAGAAGACCUCCAAGCAGCUCUGCUCGCAGAACCAGAUAAUCCGGAAGCAACCGCACUGUUACACCAACGUUCCGUCGCCGUGGAAAAGCUUCUCGCUCCCACGGGCCAUCGAAUAUCUAAUGAAAUAUGGCGCGAAAUAGCCUUAUUUCUUCCUCGUCGCGAUUUGAAGACGCUGCUUUCGGUCCCCCACCCUUUGUCCCGCGUUGCGUCGCAGCUUCUCUUUCGAAAGGUGGAUUUGCAUUUCGGCGAGGGCGAAGGACAGCCGUUCGACGAAGGUAGCGAAGGAGGAGAGUGGGAAAAGGAGAGGGACAGAGAUCAACGAACGGCCGACAUCCUUACCCGCGUCAUAACCGAUCCUUCCUUCGCCAGCGUCGUCCGCACCCUCCGGAUCUUCGCCACCGUCAACAGCCACACCUCGUUUCAGACGGGAAUCCUGUCGAAUGCCCUCCCGAAGAUGGUCAAUCUGAGGAGGGUACAUAUAUCCUCGAGCGCCGACGGUGUCCUACCCGUGCUGAGGAUCCUCCAGUCAUGUUCGCCCAAGCUCAAUGGUCUCUCACUGCACGUCCCUGAUGGGCUGUUCGAGCUGAGCACCCUUACUUUGAACCAUAUCGCCAACUUUGCUUAUCACGCUGGUGGCAGUGGCAGCGGAGGGGCCCAAAAUCCCCAUGCGUUCCUCGCCCAGCACCGGUCGACGCUACGGACGCUCUCCCUAGAGAAUCCAGCUUGGAUAUUCCCCGCCGACGCGCUCUCGCUCCGCAACCUCACCCACAUCCACUUCCUCGGGCAAUUCCCCCUCAACAGCCAGGCCGUCGGGACCAUCCUCAGCCACGGACGGCAACUCGAGUCCCUCUCCCUCACCUGCCUCCUUGACUGCGCCCCCUCUUCCCAAUUCCGCGGCGCACACGGAGAGCUCCCCUUCCUCCGCCACUUUGCCUUUGCGGUCCAUUCGAUGAACCGACGACUGACGGACCGCGAUCUCUUCCCCGCGAUCGCAGAGUUCCUGCGGGACCGCAUCGACCUCCGUACGCUCUCGCUCCUCGUCCCCGCCGAGCCUAUACAGAAAGCCGUCGGCUUCGACGCGUCGGUGUGGGGCGUGCUGCCCAGUCUCACAGGUCUCAAGGGUCUGGGGAUCACCUACCCGAGGGACCUCGCGCCCGGCCUCGCGGCAUGGCUCAUCCCCCGGAGCGUCGUCAGCCUCACGUUGAACGGGCUCGUCGGCGGCGGGAUGCGCGACCUCCGCCUCGGCGUGCCCUCCGGUCUGCGGUUCGUCGGCCUAGACACGGGCGGGAUGGGCACCGGCGAGGUGGCCGGCAUCGUCGAGCAGGGCUUCCCGAUGGUCAGGAUCGUGCGCGUCGGCCCGGCGUAUUGGACCGUGCAUCGCAGAAAGAAGAGCGGGAGGAAGGGCGAGGACGGCGGGGUCGAGCUCGAGAGGUGGCCGGCGAGGAGAGCGAGGUAUCAUGUCAGCGAAUGGCUCGAGUGGUUUGGCUGCGAGGAUGCGUUGGGCGUCGAGGACAUUUAUGGUAUUUGACUUGCUUUUUUUGGAUUUUGUAUAUUCUACUUGUUGUAUCAUUUUUUUGGGGGGG